ACGCAGUAUCUUUCUUGGAGGUACGUGAAUCUUGUUUUGAAAUGGCUUUUUUAGACAUUGAAAAUAAUUCUCUCGCAAAUGUGAUUUAUGAUCAUAUUGCUAAGCCUUCUUCAAAUAAUAAUUCAUCCUCAUUUAGAGAAGAAUAUGGAAGUAAUCAAAAUGAAGA